AUGAGCCGCAUGAUCAUCCUAGCGGGUGCUCCAGAGCCUGCAAAGCUCGACUGGAGUGAGAAGUCCCUCUUGCCCGAGUCAAUGCAUUUGGAGGGAAUCGCUUCGCCCACUUCCCCGACAUCCAAAGCCUUUGGGGCCCAAUGGCGACAAAUCACGACCCAGAGGCUACAGAUGCGCCCGAUCCUACCCAAACUCAACAUCGACCCGCGCCCAUUGCCAAGCGAGCUCGAUCGAACCCCUGCUGAAUUCUUCAGUGCCGAUGAAUUCAUUGACCCUCAAACACCUGGCAGCGACAUCAGUGCAAGUGAAUCGCAGCCUUCGGCGUCAGGAGGCUCGGCAGACUCGACCUCAGAAGCGCUUUCGGACUACUUCGACCACUCCUUCACCAUCCACGAAGCAAUCCCUUCGUCCCAAUUGAGCGGCUUCUCAGAAUACACGCCGGGGACGCCGACCUACGAAAGUAAUGAGGAGAUGUUUCCGCAAACCCCGAUCAAUGGCGGAGGGAUUAUUCGGACACCGUCACAGCGACGACUAAGUCAAGCGCCGCGGCCUAAGCAUCUCAGCGACUUGGAAGACAUACCCAAUGCACAAUACCUGUCCUCUAUAGAGCCACAGACUAUGACGGUGAACCUGAUCGUUGGCAUCAUCUCCAUCUCGCCUCCUCGCACGGUGAAUACGGGCCUCAAGUACGGGAAAUCAAGACCGACAGAGCUGGUGGAGAUGAUCGUGGGCGACGAUACCAAGACUGGGUUCAGCAUCACGAUGUGGCUACCGCGCGAAAUGCGGGUGAACUGGAAAGACGGACAGCACGCCGCACCCGAAGGAUCGAGGAGCGCGUUGCGACGAAGCCUGCGCUUCAUGCGGGCGCGCGACGUGGUGUUGCUGCAGAACGUUGCUCUGAGCUCCUUCCGGGGCAAAGUGCACGGGCAGAGCCUCAAGGGCGACGUAACCAAGAUCGACCUCCUAUUCCGCAAGAAAGCGGACGACGAUGACCUCAGCGGGAUCUACUCGGUGUCGAAUCUACGCACUGCGACGGGGAAAGAUCCCCAGGUGUUGAAGGUUAAGAAGGUCCGUGACUGGAUGACUGAAUUUGUCGGUGAGAGGGGAAGCCCUCCCUUACACGCCGCGAAGGCUAGACGAAGGAGAGGCCUCGAUGGAAGACUGGGCUAUGCCGGAUUCCUCCCUGACGACACCCAGUGA